AUGAAUAAAGAAGUAGCCAAGAAACAGAUCUUUGUCAAGAAUCUUCCAUUUGCAUUCUCAAAGGAUGAAUUAGAUACAUACUUUUCAGAUGUCGGACCUAUCAAGCGUAGUUUUCUCAUCAACAGACCCGGUCAGAACUCAUCUACCACUGGAGAGGCUUUCUUGUGGUUUGCUCUCGACGGUCAUGCUGAGAAGGCUGUCACUGAAAAGAACGGCACCAUGCUCGGUGGUCGUAAGAUUAUCGUUCAAAUUGCAAAACCAAAGAUCGUAGAGAGACCAACCAAAGCAACAACAACAGCCACUGAAACUAAAAAGGAUGGUGAAGAACAAACAACAACAACUGGAGCAGUCGUAGAAGUUAAAAAGGAAGACAAGAAAGCUGCAGCUGCAGCAGCUGCUAGCUACGUAGUAGAAGUUAAAAAGGAGACGGUUGUUGAAGAAGACCCAAAGGAAAAGAGAAAGAGAUUGGCAGAAGAAGAAAAACAGAGAAAGGUAGAAGCUGAACAAAAGAAAAAGGUUGAGAUGGAUAACAAGAGAGCUGUCGAAAUUGUCAUUGUCGUCAAGGACUUUGUCUCGGACAAGAAUGCUAUUUGCGACCUCGUCAAACUUCCAAAGAGUCUUAUUGCCAAGACAUUCACCAUUCCAUUCUCCAACGGAGCCGUUCGUAUCAUCUGUCGUGACGAGCGUGCCUGUUCAUCACUCCUCUCUGCCUUUGCAAAGACCAAAUACAAUAACAAAAAGAUCAUCUGUCAAAGAGAAACUCAAUACUUGAAGCAUUGUGAAAUCAUCCUUCGUAAUCUUUCUGAAAGUGUUACAAUGCAAAGAUUAGAAGAAUUAUUUUCAGUACAUGGUGAAAUAUUAUUAAUCAAGAUGCCAACUAAAUUAUCAGCCACUGGAACACAAGUAAACAAAGGUUUUGCAUUCAUUUUAUAUUCGAGCAAGUCAAGUGCCGAAAAGGCAUUAAAGGACGUAAACUCUACCGAUAUCCAAGGUAGACCAUGUGCCAUCGAUUGGGCUCUUCCACAAUCUGAAUACUUGCAAAUAGUAAAGAAAAAAGAAGAGGAAUUGGCCAAAAAAGAUAAGAUGCAAGACAGCGAUGAUGAAUCAGACGACGAAUCAGACGACGACAAACCAAAGGGUACCGUCGAUUUUGACAGUGACGAAGAAGAUGAAAAUAAUCAAAAGUUUGGUGAUAGUGAUGAUGAAUCCUCAUUCAAGGUUGGUGAUUCUAAAAUGAAUGUCAAGGGAUUAAAGAAAAUGGAUGUUGAUAGUGAAGAUGAAGAGGAUGAAAAUUCAGAAGAUGAUGAUGACGAAGAACAAGAUGAUGACGAAGACUCUGACAACUCUGACGACUCUGAUUCAGAUUUGGAUUCAGAUGAAGAAGAGAAAAGAAAAAAAGAUGAAGAAAAGAAAGAAUUGGAAAAGAAAAAACAAAAGAAUGUUAAAGAAAUUAAUGAAGGAAAAACAUUAUUUAUUCGUAAUUUAUCAUUUGAUACAAAGGAAGAUAGAUUGAGAGAAGAGUUUGAAAAGUUUGGAGCGAUUGAAUUUAUCAAGUUGGUUAUGGAUCAUGCAACCAACCGUUCGACUGGAAAGGCAUUUAUCAAGUUUACAAAGAAGGAAUAUGCAUCUGCUGCAUUGGAUUUUGCUGCCAUUCAAACCGUAUACGAUACAGCUAGCGACAAGAACCUCAAAAAGAAGGAUCGUAGAAAGAAGGAUUCACUCGACAUGUCUGCACUCUUACAGAGUGGUAUUGUCGUUGAUGGAAGAAAUUUGAUUGUCGAUGCUGCCGUCGACCACGAAAAGGCUGGCAGUCUCAAGGACCGUCGUGCUCCAAAGCUCGACAAGCGUAACAAGAAUCUUUUGGAUAUUGGUCGUAUCUUGCCCGAGUCGGAGCAAGGUCUCGAAUUCACAGACAAGGAUUGGAAGAUGCGUGAUUUGGCCGACCAAGAAAACAACCACAAGUUCAAGGUCAAUCCAAAUUACUUUGUUUCGCCAACUCGUAUCUGUAUCCGUAACUUGCCAUUAGAGGUUGGAGACAAGCAAUUGAGUCGUGCCAUCAAGCAGUUGUUGCCCGAGUCCAAAACCAAGGUUGUCUUGCACACCAAGAUCGCCGUCAACAAGGAACGUAUCACUGGCAGCGGAAAACCAAGAUCGCUUGGAUUUGGUUUCGCCGAGUUUACAGACCAUCAAUCUGCCCUCAAGGUUGUGCACGGUCUCAACGGCAAGAUCGAUGCCUUUGGCAAGCCAGACAAGGGACAUCGUCUCUUUGCCCAAUUCUCCAUCGAAGACGCCAGAACCGUCAAAAAGAGAACCGAAUUCCUCCAAAAGAUCAAAAAGGUCAAUUCGGACAACAAAAAGAAGACGAGAAAAUUGAUAAAGGAACAACGCGACCGUGAUGCUGCCGAAGGCAAGGAAGUCGACAAGACAUUGUCGCGUGGACAAAAGCAAAGAGAAAAGAGAAGAAAGCAACGUGAGAGUGGUGACUAUGCCGCCGUCGAACAAGCUCAACUCGCCAAGGAACACAGAGAAUUGCUCAGAAAGAAACGUGAAUUAGAAAAAGAAAACAGAGAACCAGUCAUUCCACAACACAUCAUCGAAAAGAAACGUGCCAAAGAAAAUUCAAUCAAAACAAAUCCAAAGGGUGACACUACAAACUCUUCCUUUGACGACCUCGCUCAAAAAUAUGUUAAAAGAAAUUAUGAUGACUUUAGUAAAUCUGAACAAUCUCAAUCUUUACCAUCAAUUAAAAGAGAUACAAAGAAAAAGAGAUGGUAUGAAUAA